CUGACGCGUAGAAGAUAGUCCUACAGUAAGACAUUAUUCUCUCUCUUUUUUGUGCUUCUUGAUAAAACAUCAAAAUGAAUGUCCAGACUUGGGCAUCACAGCAACAAUGAGGAUAACGCUAUCUCGUAGAAAAAUCAUUUGCAUUGUUUUCUUUGAAUUAGUACUCUUGAUUUUAAUGCCUGAUUCAAGUAUCAUACACAUAAACAAAAGACAAAUAUUUGAAGCUACGGCGAAUAAAAUUCGAACAACACUAAUGAGAGGUGCUUCAGGCAAGAGUGAUGUGAGCUGGGUUGGGCAUUUGUGCCCAAAUUAUCAAAACCAUGAGGCCGAAUCUAUAUUGCAGUGGGAACCUAUCACUGAAGAUACCAUAUUCUUCGUCAAGACAUCUUGCCACACCUUUCUGUCAGCGAGGGAGGCAUGUGCCAUCGAGAGCAUACUUACCCAUCAUCCAAAUCAUUCGGUGAGACUCAUGCUGGCUACACCAACGUUCAAUUUUAGUCAUCUUUUUACCAAGAUUCUGCAGAGUAACAGCAAAAUGAGAUUUUCGUGGUUAGAUUUGGACGAAAUCUUUGCCAAUGAACCUCUUCACUCUUGGCAUCGGGAGAGGACCUGGAUGCUCAGUGAAGGUCGAACAGCAGCUGUUGUCAAUGAUGUCGCCCGGGCGGAGUUAUUAAGACGAUACGGAGGGACUUACGUUGAUCUGGAUGCCCUCACCCUACGGCCAUUGCCUAACGCCACAAACUGGCUGACACGGGUAGAUGAUUACCUGGUAACUUCUGCUGUCUCGAGUUUUACCUCGAGGCAUCCGUUACUCCAGGAGGUCACUGAAAACAUUCCAAAGGUUUUCGAUCCAUCGAGCUGCUGCAGCGUAGGCCCUGAUCUUUUUACUCAACUUCUACAGAAAAUGUGCCCAAAGAAUAUAACCAAGCCUUCGUUAGUCAGUCCCGAGGACUUCGAGUUCUGCCGCGACAUCACUGUUUACCCGAGGAAGCUCUUCUACCCUAUCCACUACGGUUACAAAUCAGAUGAAUUGGAGAGUAUCUUCACGGAAGGCCAAGGUCUCGGCUCACAGUUCUUCUCCUCAACCAAAGCCUUUUCCCUCCAUCUCUUCCAUUCUCUCUCUUCUAAGAGAACAGCAGACUUGGGAAGUGACUCGAUCGUCGUGGAAGCAGCGAAGAGGAACUGUCCCAAUGUGUUUCAGGCUUUAGACUCUCGAGGGAGGAAUUUCUGAUUUCAGUGUGUAGUUUCCAUAAGCCAUGAUGCAAACAGCAUUUAGCUGUAUGUGAUCUUCAUUUGCGAUGUCCUCUCCUGAAUUAUGACUUGCAUCAGCAGCAGUGCUGUCUGAUACUAUUCUUUUAUCAAGUACAUAAUGACUCCCAUUUAUAGCUUAAUGAUCAUAAUGUAAAUUUCAAAACACCGACUAUUCAUCCGUUCAUACUACGUUUAUCAGGAAAUCGCCUACGCUACUCCUUCAGGACUCAUCAUCAUAAUGAACUAAAAACAAUCAGAGAAUCGUCAUGUGGCACUGAUUCACUGAGUUAGGUGUAGAAGCCGUUGGACAGUCUCUAUGUUCAUGUAGG